CGCCUCAUACCCUUACUUAACGACACCAUGCAGUACUCCAUCUUCGUCACCCUCGCCCUCGCGCUCUCCGCAUCGGCCAGCCCGCGGUUCCACAAGCGCGCCUCCUUCACGCUCCAGAACGGGAAAGACGCCAUCGCGCUCAACCAAAAGUUCGCGACGCUCACCGCGAACUCGCCUUGUACUGCCGGCGAGAACGCCUGUGUGAACAGCCAGUUCGCCCAGUGCGUGAACGGCAAGUUCGUCCUCACGGGCUGCGCUGGAGGCCUUGUCUGCGCUGCGCUCCCCCUCGUGAACUCCGCUGGAACGAGCAUCACUUGCACGACUGCCGCAGACCGUGACGCCCGCAUCGCCGCCACCGGCGCGACUGCUGGCGACAACGCGGCCGCUGGUGGUGCUGCAGCAGCUUCAAGUGUCGCGGCCACUACCGCGGCGGCGGCUUCCACCGCUGCGGCCGCCUCGAGUGCGGCCGCUUCCACUGUCGCGGCUGCCUCGAGCGCGGCGGCCACCGUGGCUAGCUCUAGCGCUGCUGCUGCUACCGGCACCGCCGCUGCCGGCGGGAACAACGCAGGCACUGGCGGAGCUGCGGCUGGCGGGGACGCACAGACAUCGUUGACUCUGGUGCAGUCUGUGAUCGCCACCGGCUUCGAGAACGACGGCCAGGAUCAGCCCACCGCCGGCCAGGUUCCGUCCGCGACGUCGUCGAACAACUUCAUCAACUUCUGCGCGACGGUCCCGAACCUGCCCAUCACGAACGGCCAGCAGGUCAAGACGGGCUCGUGCAACCCCGCACCGAUGGGUAUCAUCGCGUCGACGGCGAACAUGCCCUCCUCGAAGUUCAUCAACCCCAAGAACGGCGCGACGGUCAAGGCGAACACGCCCUUCACGAUCCAGAUGGCGAUUUCGCACCUCGAGACCGGCCACUUCGUGAACGCGGCCGAGAACUACUUCGCCGCCCCCCAGGUCGUGAACGCGCAGGGCGACAUCCAGGGCCACUCGCACGUCGUCAUCGACAAGCUCACCUCCCUCGACCAGACCACGCCGACUGACCCGCUCAACGGCUUCGUCUUCUUCAAGGGCCUCAACGACCCCGCUGUGAACGGUGUGCUCUCGGUCGACGUCCCUGCACCUGGUCUCCCCGCCGGCUCUUACCGUCUGGCUUCGAUCAACACCGCCGCCAACCACCAGCCGGCCCUUGUUGCCAUCGCCCAGCACGGUUCCCUUGAUGAUAUGGUUUACUUCACCGUCGCUUAAUCGCGCAGUGUCACGAUCCUUCAGUAUUGGUUUAUGACGUAUUUAUGGGGGGUGUAGAUCAUCCGAAGUGGUAGCAAGAUAGCUCUUAUAAUUGUUCUUGCUUUCUGUAUCUUUAGUAGACACCGCAAUGCAAAGCAGCCGGUCGUGACUCACCAACGAUGGCCGACC